CCGUCGACGUUUCGUCUCUCUCACCCCAUUACGUCUCCUCGCAGCUGCAGCGCCGCCCACAGCAGAGAAACAGCAGCUCGGGGGAGGAGCGAGAGAGAGAUGGCGACGGCGAGGACGGUGAAGGACGUUUCCCCUCACGAGUUCGUCAAGGCUUACGCCGCCCACCUGAAGCGCUCCGGCAAGAUAGAGCUUCCUCAGUGGACUGAUAUCGUGAAGACGGCUACAUUCAAGGAACUUGCUCCAUAUGACCCUGAUUGGUACUAUAUUAGAGCUGCUUCUAUGGCAAGGAAGAUCUACCUCAGGGGAGGCCUCGGUGUUGGUGCCUUCCGUAGGAUCUAUGGUGGGAGCAAGAGGAAUGGAAGCCGCCCACCCCACUUCUGCAAGAGCAGUGGGUCCGUAGCUCGCCACAUUCUUCAGCAGUUGCAGAACAUGAACAUUAUUGACAUCGACCCUAGGGGUGGAAGGAAAAUAACGUCGAGCGGCCAGCGCGAUCUUGACCAAGUUGCCGGAAGGAUUGCUGUCGCCCAUUAAAAGAUGCAACUUGGGCAUUCUCCUGGUGGAUGCAGAAUACUAGUGAAUUUUGGGUCUCGAUGUUCUUGGUUCAAACAGGAAUGGUUAUAUGUUGCACAAUCUUCCGAUUUUUCCUUUUGCUGAGCUUGUUACUUUGAGAAAGAUAUUUUAUGGAUUGGUGUUUCAUUUGUAGUAGUAUCCACUUAAUCGUAUGAUUGACUCUGGAACUCGGCUUUCGAUGAUAAGCUUAUCUCAGUUGAGAAAUAUGAAAAGUUUGUGAGAUUAUCCGCAA